AUGAAGGAGUUGUUGAAGAAGAAGAUUGUGAGUACGGACGCGAAAAACCAAAAUGGAAAUCUAACUCUCAACAGCGCUUUGAGAGACUUGAGAAUUCUUGAGAAAGGUCUCGUUGUAGUUAGCAUGGAUGUGCAUAGUGACUUUUACGAGUACAAAGGGGACAGUGCAAGGAUACAUAUGUUUCUUUUGACGGGUUAUGGAACCGAAAAUGGAGUCCACUACUGGAGAAUCCAAAACUCAUGGGGACGUGGAUGGGGUGAAAAUGGCUUUGGAGGUUAUUGA